AUGCAUGCAUCUCACUCGCACUCGGCGCAGUCGCUCGAGUCUGCUAGCUGGCCGAAAGACUCGACUAGCUACGCCGGACUCGCUUCACCGACGAACCACGACGAGCCGAUGAUGUCGCCGCAGCCCAGCACAUCUUAUGCUGCGGCCGCCGCGGCACCUCCCACACCGCGUCCCGCCGCACCGACCGCACCGCAGCGCGAACCACCGACCACCGCACCGGCCACCGCCACGGGCCCGUCGCAACCUGCGCCACGUUCCUCCUAUCCACCGUUAGUCGUGGAGUGUCUCCCAAAUUGGACGAGGCAUUUCGAGGCGCUACGCAGGAUCUUGGGGCACGCACCCAACGCAAGGCCACUUGGGCGCGGGAUGCGCUUCCUGCCUAAGUCUGCGGAAGAGUUCCGGGCUGUGCAGCGCUAUCUCACAGAGGCGGCUGCUCAAGACAGUGCCAUAUCAUGGUACUGCUACAGCCCGGCCUCCGAAAUCCCGACAAAGGUAGCCAUCCGCGGACUACCACUAGAGACUCCGACGGAAGAAGUUGUCGCCGCGCUAGGCGCGCUCGGCUUCCCAGCCGAAGCAGCGAGAGCCCUUCCACCACCCCGAGGCAAGCACGGCUGCACCUACUAUGUGCGGCUGGCGCACAUGUCGCAAGAGGAAUUGCGAGAAUUAUUCGCUACAACUGAAUUGCUCAACAUGCCGCAAGUCACAGUAGAGGCUUGGCGAGGGGGAAGCAAGCCCCCGCAAUGCCACCGAUGCCAAUUAUUUUCUCACAAUUCUGUGAAUUGCCACCGACCCUUCCGGUGCGUUCGUUGCGCCGGUCCACACUCAGUCCGGGACUGCACAAGAUCCCGAGAAGAACCGCCUACCUGCGCAAACUGCGGACAAAACCACGCCGCCAACGACCGCAGAUGCAGCUUUUAUAAGCGCGAAGCAAGGAGGAGAGGCAUAGCCAUACCACCGCCUCCCCCGCGUGCAUCUGCUGGACGUCAACAACAGAAACGUGGGACUACAACGGCCCCUACCACCGCUCCCCCACCGACCUCAGCAACAGUUCCGCCCACGACAACUGCGCCGUCGGCCUCUACUGCUGCGCCUCCAACUACCAGCACUGCGAGAACCACAGCCCAGAGCGCCGCACAUCCAACAACUUUGGUGGCAGCGGCCAAUCCCCCGACGGAAAGAGGUCAACCAGUACAGGGCAGAAGAAAGCGAAAAAGGAAUCGCAUUCCUCGCCCACGACGCACUGAACCCACGGCCGCCUCGACGCCUCAACCGAGGCAGACGAGAGUAGUGACUGCCAAUACAGAGCCACCUAGUGCCGGGCCAACACAGACAACACAGAUGCCACCAACACAAAGAACCGCAGUGCCAAACGUCGAAACAGGAAAUGAGCCGCCUGUGGAAAACUCUGAGCAAAGACGUGCCCAACGCUUUGCUCCGAGAUUCAGCCAACCACCCACCGUGCCGCCAACAUCAACUCCACGUUUUGUUCGCCAGUCCACUCAAGCUCCGUCCGCCGCCCCAAUGGCUUCACAACAGACCCAGGGGGAAGAGCAGACCAACCCGGACCUCAUGGCCAUAGUCCGGGUUGUAAUGGAGGCCAUCAUGACCGGGCUAACAACUUAUCUGCAGGGACAAGGCGUCAUCCCGGCAAUAACAGCAGGAAUGGCUGUACUCGCUCGACUCCAUUCCUAUUAA